AUGGUUCCUAUCAAGAAGAGCUGCUCUUGGAUUCUGAAAAACAUCUUACAACAGAGGGAUCAAGUGAAAGAGAUGCAACCAUGGAAGGACUUGGUAAAAACUGGAAAGUUUGCGAUGAAAAACUUCUAUUAUGCGUUCCUGGAUCAGCAACAGAAGGUGCCAUGGAGGAAGCUUUUCUAUGGUAAUGUUGCUAGGCCAAGAGCCCUGUUUACUUUACGGAUAGCUUGCCAUGAUAGUCUUGCGACCAAGGCAAGACUAAGAAAGUUUGGGAUGUUAAGUAAUGAUGCCUGUAGUUUCUGUGAAGAAGUGGAAUCACUUCAACAUCUUUUCUAUGAGUGCAGGGGUACAAGAAACAUUUGGCAGGCGAUCUUGAAAUGGAUGGAUAUGCACCAUACUCCUCAGGGCUGGACACAGGAGCUGCAAUGGGUGAUUGAAAAUAGCAAGAACAAAAGUUGGAAAGCUCAAAUAUUAAAAGUUGUUGUGGCAGAGGCGUCAUAUGAAAUUUGGAAUUAUAGGAAUGACAAUAUUUUUGCAGAUAAUAGAAAGGAGAUGGAGAUAGAUAUAGAAAGGAAAAUCAUAGAUAGUAUAGUGAAUAGAGUUUGGAUGAAGCCAAACCUUAGAAAAUACAUAGCUCAGUUAAUCAUGCCUUAG